AAUUGUGCCAUUUUAUUUGAAAUAUAAAAUGGAAAUCUGUUCAGGACUGAACAUGUAUAUGGUUGUUGUUUUUAUUGUUAUUGUUAUGGUUUGCUGUAUAAUCUCAAUCAUUCAGUUUCCAGGCUUGGGAAAAAGAAUUUUUGGAGAAGAAUCCAAUGAGUUCACUAAUGAUUUGGGGGAAAAGAUUAUCUUGAGACUGUGUUCAACAGAGGAAGAAACAGUGGAGCUUCUUAGCAAAGUCCUUAAUGGUAACAAGUUGGCCUCCGAAGCAUUAGCCAAGGUCGUUCAUCAGGAUGUUACCUUUACUGACCCGACUUUGGAUUCAGUAGAGAUCACUAUUCCACAGGACACUUUGGGAAUCUGGGUGGAUCCUAUAGAUUCAACGUAUCAGUACAUAAAAGGUUCAGCUGACGUUAAAUCCAACCACGGAAUCUUCCCCAGUGGACUUCAGUGUGUCACCAUUUUAAUUGGUGUCUAUGAUGUACAGACAGGGGUGCCCCUGAUGGGAGUCAUCAACCAGCCUUUCGUAUCACAAGACCUAAACACCCUCAGGUGGAAAGGCCAGUGCUACUGGGGCCUGUCUUACAUGGGCACCAACAUCCAUUCGCUCCAGCCCCCCGUCUCUAAAAGAAACGGCAGCGAACCUCGGAGCCCACGGACUGAAAACCCUGGCUCCGGGGCCGACUUCUCUCACCACUUUUCAGCUGUCAUCAGCACAAGCGAAAAGGAGCCCAUCAAAGCCGCACUGUCUCGAGUCUGCGGAGAUCGCAUAUUCCGGGCCGCCGGGGCUGGCUACAAGAGCCUGUGUGUCAUCCAGGGCCUUGUUGAUGUUUACAUCUUUUCAGAAGACACCACGUUCAAGUGGGACUCCUGUGCCGCUCAUGCCAUCCUCAGGGCCAUGGGUGGGGGAAUGGUGGACUUCAAAGCAUGCUUGGAUCGAAACCCGGCAACGGGGCUCGACUGGCCACAGCUGGUGUACCAUGUGGAAAACAAAGGCACCAGCGGCGUGGAUCGCUGGGCCAACAAGGGCGGGCUGAUCGCCUACCGGUCCAGCGAGCAGCUGGAGACGUUCCUGAGCCGCCUCACCCAGAGCCUGGCGCCUGUGGACGCACACACGUAGACCAGCCUUUUCCUCGGCCCACUUACACACCAGACUGUGACGCUGUCUCCCACGUCUGUCGUGUGAAGAUAGCUUUGUCCCAUGGGUGGUCAGCGUUCAUCUCCCUCGUCUGAGGAGUAUUUUUCCAUUACGUGUUCGUAAUAAUGUUAACUUCAGUAAAUAAACGACACUCAUGCAGCAAUCGAUGUGUGAAAUUCUCACAGUGAAUAUUGUGCUAUUAGUGUUGCCUGAAGCAUUUCAGUAAUGUACUGAAGAGGAGGAAAACCUGCCCAGUUAGUAAGCUCCUCUAAACGCCUAAGUGAUAAGUGGGAUGUUUCGGAAAUAGUGGGGAGAGCACAAGAGCGGGUUGUGCUUGCAUUUUGUUUCUGGCUUCAAGGGAAAAAGUCUGCAGCUUUAGCCUUUGGCAGAACAUUUAGAACCGUGAAUUUGACACCUGAUUUAGCCAAGUUCAUGUACUUUCAACAGUAUUCUUGCGUUAUAAGAAUUAAAGCCUGGAGCCUCCGACCCCGCCCCCCAUGCGCGUGCACACACACACACACACACACACACUCACUCUCACACCCUCUUUUACACGCACAUACUCUCUCUAAUACUCAUACAUACGCACAUACCCUCCCUCUCUCUACUUCUCUCUCACUAAUUCUCUCCAUUCACACUCCAUUUUGGUAGGUAAGGUGGAAUGGGACAGAGUACAGGUUUCUGCAUGUGUACUACACCUUAGAAACCAGAGGUGGUCACAGGACUGGGGCCGCUCCUAGAGCUCUUCAGUGCCCCGAGGAACCAUGUCAUCCUCUCCCCACCCCUCACCCACACACGUAUCUGGCACCAGAGCACAGUCCUGGAGAAAGUGGGAGGACAGCCUUGAUUCAUCCUGCACAUACACGAUGACCCACAUCAGCCCUCUGCUCAGCUCUGGACAACACCACCUCCCCCAGUGACAGGAGGUAUUUCCUUAACUAAAAAUUAGACAUGGAUCUUGGGGGGAAAACACACACACACACGUACAUUUCAAUAUAUAGGGCCCUUGCUCUACUAGCAUCCCUCCCUGAAUGUCCUAGAUCGCUUGCCGUUCUCUUCCGCAGCCCUGGCAGGUGGCGCUGCUGCCAUCUAGAGGCAUCAGAUCUCAGCCCUGAGUUCUUUCACCCUGCGCCCUCUGGGGGUCAGAGUUUGUUUCUGCAGCAUUUUUUAUUUUAUUUUUUACAAUUACAAACGAAUAAAAUAACAACUCUUUCCGAUAGUAUUUUGUUGCAUACAGCAGAUUCAACAAUUUAUUUGGUAAUAGGGUUAUAAUUUUUAAAGCCAGAAUUGUGCUUUGUGAUUGACUGUGGAUCGUGACCCGCCCUGCAGGCGAUCCAGACUUGCACUGCCCAAGUGGCAUCCACUAGCCUCAGGUGGCCACUGAGCGCCUGAAAUGUCACUAGUCUGAACUGAGAUGUGCUGUAAGUGGAAAUAUAUACUGUAUUUUAUGAAAAAUAAAAUGCAAUUCAUUAUAGAGAUCUCUAUAACUCAGUUUUUACAGUGGGAUAAUAGUUUUAAAUUUUGGAAUAAAGUACCUUAACUUGCAACUUGAUGAUGUUAUAGCAAAGAAAUAGUUCACUAAUGUACAAAGUUCAUUAAUAAAAGUAAUUAAUAAAUAUUUAAUAAUAGUUUUAUUUCCUAGGCCCUACCUGUAAGUUACUCAUUUAUAUUUUGUUAUCCUGUUUCUCACAUUUCCCAUGCCAUAACUACUCAUUUAUUCCUUCUUUCAAGCAGUCAUAUACUAACUGCUUGUAUCUUCACUGACUUAAAAUCUGUCAAAAGUAACAUGACUGCAGGAAAAUUCUUGUCUGCUGUUUUGUUUCAUAGGCCAAAGUGAGCCACGAAUGAAACCUGACAUAUACCUUACCACCAAGCAAAGAGUAAAAAUUGGUGUAAGGGACAGAGCUUGGGCUUUGGAAUAAACAGACCUGGGUUCGCUGCCACCUAUGGUGUGAUCUUAAGCUCGAGACUAAGCCAUGUAACAUCUUCAAAUCCCAGUUUAUUCACCUGGCAGAAGGAUCUAUGCCAUCUCUCAAGAGUACUGUUAGAAGCAAUGAAACAAUGUAUGUAAAACAUCUCUAACGUAGGUGAUGCUCAAUAAGACACGGCUACUAAUGCUUUUAUUAUUCAUGUAUAAUGCAGUCAACCUAAACGGUAUCAGGAAAUAAGAAUGUGACAAAAUAAAUUGAGACCUUACUUUACUCGUUCACCAAUUCAGACAAUUUGUUAAUAGCCUCAAUUCUUUUAUAGUAAUAUAACAUAAUAUUAUAUUAACAAACAUAUAUUGAGCCCUAUACUCCAAGGGCUGUGUUAGACAUUUACUUGCAUUAUUUUACUUAAAAUAAUGAGCAAAAUUUGUGUAUCCCCAGCUGCCACAGCAUAACACUGUCUUUUCCUCUGACUGGAUGUUUUGCUUGCAUUUAAGAAAUCUAAAUUAAUAAACUAAUAAAAUAAUC